ACUGAUGGCAGACUGUGAUAAAAGUCUAGACAUAUAAAACCGAGAAUCAUCACAAAAUGCAAUCACAGUUUAUUAAAAUGUUGCUUAUCUUAACACUAAGUUUGUCUCUUGUGAUCGGUACUUGCCAUAGUACCACCUACGAAGGUCAUAAAGUGUACAAACUUUACCCAACAACCCCAGCACACAAUGAAUUUUUAACCAGUUUGAAAUCAACCGAAUUUGACUUUUGGUCCCCAAUUAACAAUGUCGGUAAACCAGUCACUGUUAUGGCUUCACCCCAAGUCCAAAAAAAAUUCGAAAAAAAACUCAAAAAACACAAAAUAAGUUAUGAACUUGAAAUCGACAACUUACAAAGUACCAUCGAUCAGGAGAAAAAGUACCAUGAAGACAAGCUUGGUAUUGCUUUUGACCAUUACUUACGCCACUCUGAAAUCAACAAUUAUUUGGACCAACUCGCCCAAAACUAUCCCAAUAUAGUGUCAGUUGGUACCAUUGGUACUUCGUACGAAAACAGAACCAUGAAAACAAUCACAAUUUCGGCAAAACCUGGCCCAAAACCCGUCAUUUUUAUCGAAGCUGGAAUGCAUGCCAGAGAAUGGAUUGCUCCAGCUUUGUCCCUUUACAUCAUCAACCAACUGGUGGAAAAUCCCUCUUAUGGGUUCCUCCAGGACGUUGACUGGGUCAUUCUCCCGGUCAUGAACCCAGAUGGGUACGAAUACACCUGGACCACGGACAGAAUGUGGCGCAAAACACGAUCACCGGGUAGUUCCUGCAAUGGUACCGAUGGUAACCGCAAUUUUGGCUUCCACUGGAUGGAAAAAGGUGCCAGUGGUUCCGAAUGUUCGGAAACUUAUGCCGGUAGUGAGGCGUUUUCCGAAAUCGAGACUCAAAACUUGAGAAAUGUUUUAAACAAAACUGGAAACAUUACUGCCUUUAUUUCCUUGCACAGUUAUGGACAGUACUUGUUCUAUCCGUACAGUUAUGACUACGUGAGGGCUGAUAAUUGGAAGGAGUUGGCGUUUUUGGCACACAAGGUGAACGAUGUGAUCAAGUCGGUCAAUGGAACGGAAUAUACCAUUGGGAAUUCGGCGGAGGUUUUGUACCCAGCUGCUGGGUGUAGUGAUGAUUGGGCCAUGGGUGGCGCUGGGGUCAGGUUGGUUUAUGUUUUUGAACUGCCUGGAGGUGGGAAAUAUGGGUUUGAUCUGCCGCCGGAGAAAAUCUUGGGGGUGUGUGAGGAGACAUGGGAGGGGAUUAAAGUUAUAGCUGAUUAUGUAGUCCAGAAUUGUAAAUAAAUAAAGUUAAAUAAA